AAAUCAGCACAUGAAUCUCAACAAUGGUGACAUACUUCAUGCCGCAAUGCUUGAUGGGAGUCAUGAGUUUUAUAGUGGCUCCCAGAAUGCACAGAUUCAUAUGCUGAUUCUUGAUGUCUAAAUGUUUCUCCAUUUAAAAAAAAAAAAUAGUUAUUUAAAAAAAAAAAAAAAAACACCUUUUAAGAAAUGGUGCAUCAUUUCAGACACACACCCUGGAUGGGCGGACAGAUGGGAGGAUGGAUGGAUAAUUGAAUGAAUGAUGUGUUGGUGGAUGGAUUGAGGAUUAGUGGAUGAAUUUAUGUAUGGAUGUAUGGAUGGAUGGAUGGAUGUAUGAAUGGAUGGAUGGAUUGAUGAUUGGUGGAUGGAAGGAUGAAUGGAUGAUGGCCAGACUUUACCUUUAGUGCUCUGAAGAGUUUUUUUUUUUUUUUUUUUUUUUUCAAACUAUACUUCUGUCACAGUUGUGUUUACUUAUAGGGAAGUGUAACUCUACACACACACACACACACACAGAAUACCUAUCCAUUAUAUAUUUAGUGUGAGAACAGGUAGUGGGAGUCGAGGUUGAAGCAGGCAGUCAUGAGAACCGUCACCUCCAUCAGUUUCUCAGCAGUGCUUGGUCUUUCAGUGCUGUGGCUGAUGGAGAACUCACUGGCUCUUACCGUCACUGGAUCUGUGGGAAGCAACAUCUCAGUCACCUGCAGAUAUCCUGAAACGUACGAGAAUAACAGCAAGUACUUCUGCCAGAUGAGCGAUUCAUUUGCUCAGAGAGAUCCUCAGUGUGUUCAGACGACCCGGAGAGAGACGAGGUCUGAACGAGGGAGACUGACUCUUCUGGACAACACCAGCUCUCAUGUUCUCACAGCUCUCGUCUCUAGACUGGCUCCAGAAGACUCUGGAAAGUACUGGUGUGGUGUAGAUAUCAGUCUGCUGCCUGAUUUCACCUCCGAGAUCUGGUUAACAGUCACCAAAGGGGAUCCCCAAGAACAAACCAAAAACCACUUCCUGGAAGAACCUGGCGAGUCUAACUCCAGGUUCAUGAUGAUGGUGGCUUCGAUGUGUGUUUUCGCUCUGUUUUUCGUGUGUGUGUUUGGUCUGUUUCAAGUCCUCAAGCACAACAGCCGCAGUAACUCAGGUUCUGUUCUCCACCGCACCAGAACAACAUCAAACUCAAUGCCGGAUGGACACCAAAGAAUAAAUCAUCCAGACUCAUUCAAAGAUCAAAGUGAUAAAGAGGAAUUUUACAGACCCACAAACCCAGAUUAUACAAACACAGAGCCGGUCGACACAGAUUCCUACUACAUAGAUGUAGUUUCAGCACAAACACAAGAUCAGAUCUACACAGAACUGGACACCAGUAGACAGAGUCACGUGUAUCAGAGUCUUACAGCAGAUUCUGUUGAAGAGGCCAUCUAUCAGACUAUUGAUCAAACAACUGACUCAACACUGAAGCCUCAUCAACAGCCAUCUUGAGAUGGUAUUUUACUUAUUAAAUAAAAUACAGAAAUCAUUCUCAUUUGUCUCAGUUAUAGUUCAUUGAUACAGUAACUGCCUAAUAAGAUAUUUUAAGAGUUUUUACUAUUUUGUUUAUCGUCUUCACUUUGCUGUCUGCAUUGCAUUUGCACCUGAUUGGCUGCAUUUUUGUCUUGCUCAGUAAAAAUAUAUAAACAUCUUUAAACUGUUUCUCUGAAAACAAGUUUUAUUAGCUUAUGCAGUUUUGCUUCACAUGAAUUAAUCUUGUUUUUAAAAAAAAUAAAUAUUGGAAAACAA